AUGGAUGGGGCUUCUUCAGGCGGUGGCGGCAGCAGUGGAGGUGGCGGCGGCAGCAGCGGCAGCGGCUAUGGUGUGGUGGCUCGAUUCUCCCAGUGCCUGGCUGAGUUUCGGACGUGGUUAAGAACCAACUGGUUGAGGUUCAGUGCAGACAAGACGGAUGUGAUGCUGAAAAUGUGCAUCAGAUGUUUAUGUUUAAUUGGUUUACAGACUGUCUGUGGACUCUUUUCCUGUCAAAUUACCAGCCAUCUGUUGAGUCUUCAAGUCCAGAAAUGGAUGAAAUAUUUGACUGCCCAUGAAAGUACAGGAGGUUCAGCAACAUCAGAUGACCAUGAAUUUGAUCCAUCAGCUGACAUGCUGGUUCAUGAUUUUGAUGAUGAACGAACAUUAGAAGAGGAAGAAAUGAUGGAAGGAGAAACAAACUUCAGUUCUGAAAUAGAGGAUCUUGCAAGGGAAGGAGACAUGCCAAUUCAUGAACUUCUCAGUCUUUAUGGUUAUGAUAGUACUGUUCGACUACCUGAAGAAGAUGAGGAGGAAGAAGAAGAGGAAGAAGAAGGUGAAGAUGAUGAAGAUGCUGAUAAUGAUGAUAAUAGUGGCUGUAGUGGGGAAAAUAAAGAAGAGAAUAUAAAGGACUCAUCAGGUCAAGAGGAUGAAACUCAGUCUUCCAAUGAUGAUCCGUCACAAUCUGUUGCUUCUCAAGAUGCCCAAGAAAUAAUCCGCCCACGUCGAUGUAAAUAUUUUGAUACAAAUAGCGAAAUAGAAGAAGAAUCUGAAGAAGAUGAAGAUUAUAUUCCAUCAGAAGACUGGAAAAAGGAGAUUAUGGUGGGCUCCAUGUUUCAAGCAGAGAUUCCAGUUGGCAUUUGUAGAUACAAAGAAAAUGAAAAAGUAUAUGAAAAUGAUGAUCAGCUCCUGUGGGACCCUGAGUACUUACCAGAAGAUAAAGUGAUUGUAUUUCUUAAGGAUGCAUCUAGAAGAACAGGUGAUGAGAAAGGUGUAGAAGCAAUUCCUGAAGGAUCUCACAUUAAAGACAAUGAACAGGCAUUAUAUGAAUUGGUUAAAUGCAAUUUUGACACGGAAGAAGCAUUGAGAAGAUUAAGAUUUAAUGUAAAAGCAGCUAGAGAGGAAUUAUCUGUUUGGACAGAAGAAGAGUGUAGAAAUUUUGAACAAGGGCUAAAGGCCUACGGAAAGGAUUUUCAUUUGAUUCAGGCCAAUAAAGUUCGAACAAGGUCAGUUGGUGAAUGUGUAGCAUUCUAUUAUAUGUGGAAAAAAUCUGAACGUUACGAUUUCUUUGCUCAGCAAACACGAUUUGGAAAAAAGAAAUAUAAUCUUCAUCCUGGUGUAACGGAUUACAUGGAUCGUCUUCUAGAUGAAAGUGAAAGUGCUGCAUCUAGUCGAGCACCGUCCCCUCCCCCAACUGCCUCAAAUAGUAGUAACAGCCAGUCUGAGAAAGAAGAUGGCACUAUCAGCAAUAGUAAUCAGAAUGGGGUGUCAUCUAAUGGACCAGGUGAAAUGUUGAACAAAGAAGAAAUCAAAGUUGAAGGGUUACAUGUUAAUGGACCAACAGGUGGAAAUAAGAGACCACUUCAUGCAGAUAUGGAUACUAAUGGUUAUGAAACAGAUAACCGUACCACUGACCCAAAACUUGCCCAUAUGACUGCAAGAAAUGAAAAUGAUUUUGAUGAAAAAAGUGAGAGACCUGCCAAAAGGCGAAGGGUAAACAGCAAUGGAAAAGAAAGUCCAGGUUCUUCUGAAUUUUUCCAAGAAGCAAUGUCACAUGGAAAAUUUGAAGAACUUGAAAACACAGAUGACUAAAUUUUAGACUUGUUUUACCUUCUUUGAAGUAAAAUCUGGUGUGACUAAAAUUUUCAGGGUUGAUGGGUUACCUUAAAAAGUUGAUUUCCUUGAAGCAGUUGGUUAAAAUUUUGAAAAUUUGAAUUGAGUUCUAACUCUAGUAAAUAAGAUUUCGUAAUUCUGCCCUUUGUAGACUUUUUACUUUAAAAGUGUAAAGACCCUCUUAAGGAUAUAACAAAUAGUAUAGUCAAUUUGAAUGAACUGCGGAAAUAUCUGUACCUUCUCAUUUGAUGUAUUAAUCUUAAAAGCUCACUACAGGUAUUUUUUGCUUAGUUUGUUGGCAGAGAAGAAAAAGACCACAUUCAAAUUUAACACCAGUUUUUCUGUGUUUCUUGAAAUGUCUUUAUCUUUUAUAAGAGAAAUUUUUCUCUCCAUACAAAUUGAGUGUCAUUAUUAAGGAAACCCUUAUGAAUCCUGAAAGUUAUGCUAGCAUGAUUUUUUUAUAUAUAGAAGUUUAAAAAUAAACCAAGUCAGGUUUGUAUAUGUAAAAUUGUUGACAUCAAUGAUGUCUUUCCAUAUUCUUAUCUGGGCUUAAGAAAUACAUUCUGUAUUUUUCCAGAUUCUUUGUAGCCUUUGAAAGAUUUUUACAGUACAUAUGUCUUGACUGAGCUGUCCUUUCUUAAUACAAAAGCUUGUAUAAUUUUCUUAACUUGUACAGUUGGUAAACUUUUAUGAGAGGAAUUGAUAUUCUGAGUCUGUCAGCUUUCAUUUUAUUUUGCUAAGGUUUUUCUAAUGAAUUUUUAAGUGUUUGUGUAGUAACUAAGUCAUGUUUCUUAUACAGGUGGUAAAAUCGCAUUCAUAAAGGAUUGUGAAAAUUUGUUUUUUCAAAUUUCUACUUAGGGACAAAUAGUUUGAGAAUUUUGAAAUUAAGCAUGAUACCUAGAUUACAUAGUUUGUUUUGCGUUUGCUUUAAUUUUCAGAAUUAUUUUUGAAGCAAGACAAAAGUUUAAUGUUGGCUUAAGUGCUUCAAUAUAUCAUGCUGACCAGAAUCCUGUUCGGUUAUUUUUAUAUGCAUUAUAAAAUUUCCCAUUUUUGCAUUAACUAAACAGGGGGAAAGGUCAAGCAAUAUUUAGAUGUUGGCACACACAAGGAGUUGGCAGAUAAUAUUGAUUUUAUGAGGAAAAAGUGAUGAAGUGAGUGUAUUUCCAAGAUGAAAAUCAGAUGUACCAUUGCUCUGUAUGAUUACAAACAGGAUCAUCCAUUUGCAUAGCCUUGCAAGAGUGCCAUUUUAUUUUUAGUGCAAAAUUCUUGUUAAAAAUGUAGUUUUAUACAGCUGAUAGACCAACCUAUAUCCAGACUUUUAUAAAAGAUUAUUAACUAUUCUUGUUUUUUCACACAGGCAUACCCCAAAUGCUUCUACUGACUCAUUUUUAGCCAUCAGUUCAAGAGCCAAUGCCUUUUAAAAAUAAAUCUUCUGUGGUCUUAUUUUUAAUGGCUCAGCUGUUUCAUGCAAUUGAGUAAAGGUUUGCACUGAGAAGUUACGGUUUAGGCCUUACCCCAUGAAGUAUUACUAUUAACAUAUGUUCAGACUGCUUCCUUCCACCAAUGUGAACAACUCUUUUCCCCAAACAGUGUUAAAAUGCCACUUUACAACACUUGACUUCAUUUAAUGCACAUUCACUGUUACAUACAUAUCUAGAUAAAUCAAAGUUUUGGGUGGAAGUGUUGAGAAGCGUGCAUUUUUUGUUGGUUUUGUUUUGUUUUACCUACAAAAUUAAUUUAUCCAGAAUGGCAGCUUUAGCAGAUGGUCACAAUCCAUUUUCUAAAUCAGUUUUUAUUACACAAAUCCAAAGUAUCCUGGCUCCUAGCUCUUUGUCAGAGAUGGUCUAUAGAAGUGUUUCAAAUGAAGAGUGAUGUUGUACUUUUAAGUUGCAAUACUAAAGACGCUAUCUUCCCCUUUUUUAAAAAGAUGCAUUUUGUUUGCAGGUUUGUGAAGUUCUUGGAAACUAAUACCACAGGAACAUUUUUAGUACAUUCUCAGGCAUGUUUGCAAAAUAUGGCACAUGUAUACGUCUUAGGAAGUUUUACUUUUCUUAAUCUUAUCUUUUUAAAGUAUGCCUAAUGAAAGACAUUCCACUAUUAGAAUACAUAAUGCUCAGCUUUUUGUGAAGAAAUAUUUAAUUGUAUUUUGUGUUUAUACAGGUAUUUCACACAGUACUUUGUUCUUCAUAAUGCAGCCACUAUAACUUGAUAAGUCAUUGCACUACUUUAAAAUUUUUAGUAAUAUCAUGAAUUUAAUUUGCUUGAAGAUUUAGUACCUUUCAUAACUCUUGAACUCUUAACAAACUGCAUUGGGAAAAAAA